UUCUGCAAAAGCAAAAAGCAACGGAAUUUCGAGCCAUUUUAGUUCUUUCGUGGAAUUGAGCGAGUGCGGUUGAUUGAAGCGCCAACAAAACGUGUAAAUUUUCAGUGGAGAAAAUUUUUUUGGUCACAAAAGUUGUGAAGCAACAAUUAGUGGGAAAGAAUAUAGACAAAUUCAAGCCGGAUAAUCAUAAUUUAAGUGUUUAAUAUUCAUAGUGAAGUGCUUAUAUACGGCGUACAUUAGUGUAUUAACUGUAAAUGAAAAGGAAAGUUGCUUGAGUGCAAGGGGAACUGAAUAAAUUGAUUUUUGCUUUUCCCCCGUUAUUUGAUCGUGUGAAAAAGUGUAGUGUGUGUGUAUGUGGUUUGCGCAAGAAUUUCUUUGCAUUGCAAUUUGUUUAAUUACUUCUAAUUCAAUUGGUGCUUAUUCCAUUUACUAAACCGGCUAAAUUGGUUUUGAUUGCGCUUUAGUAGCGGCGUUUCCCACAACAUUUUGUGUAUUAUCUUCACCGAUGGCCAGUCAGCAGUGCAAUAUGGAUUCAGUGAGUGCAAAUUUCGAGGAGUUGCAGCAGAACGAAAUCACCGCUAUUCCACAGUACGGUCUCAAGUUGAAGUUUGAUCAUGUGUGGCCGGAGAAACGCAAUCAGAAUUUCAGACCGUCGUUGAGGCAAACGCUGCCACUGGUGCCGUUAGCGUGCAGAUAUUCCGCCUACUAUUGGAAGGUGUCGCGCGAGAAUCGCCGCUGCUACAUGGACUAUUAUUACACGGAGAAUAGCAAGCAAAUUUAUGGUGUACCCUUGGGCGGUAUUGGUGGUGGUACCAUAGGACGUGGCUUCGCGGGCGAAUUUUGUCGCUUUCAAAUGCGUCCCGGCAUGUAUGAGUACAAUGUGGUGCAGGCGAAUCAGUUCAUCGUGACAAUCAAAGACGCCAAGAAUUGCACGAUAUUUCAGAGUUUACUCUCGAAACUCAGUCCCACUGACAGCGCCAACUCUCAAUGUACUAUGCCCAAUUGCAGCAGUCGCUCCAAGCAGCCCUUAAACGCGUGGCACUCGAAUAUCGACGACUCGAAAUGCUCGUAUACGGGUCUGUAUCCGCGCGCCUGGACUGAAUAUGAUCUGACUGCGUACGGCGUGCGACUGAUUUGUCGUCAAAUUUCACCGGUCAUACCGCACGACUACAAGGAUUCGUGUCUACCUUGCGCCGUCUUCGUGUGGUCUGUGGAGAAUGUUUGCGCGGAGGAGCGUAAGGUCUCCAUAACGUUCACCUUCAAGAAUGGCACUGGCACCAAGAAGCAGGACGCCGAGGGCGGCGCUGAGGCGAUACUCAUCACAGAGGGCAAUGUGAAGGGUGUCGGCAUACGACAGAAGAUCGCUGGCAUGCCAUGCGCAUACAAUUUGGGUUGUCGUGUUUUGCCCGAAAUCAGUAUUACACGCUGCACGCAGUUCGAUCCGUACGGCACGGGAGAGCAACUAUGGUCCGAGUUGAAGGAGAAUGGGCAGCUGAGUGAGAAGCAUUGCGAUGAGGUGUUGAAAACUAAGGAUCUCGGUGUUGCUUUAUGCGCACAGGUGGCUGUCAAACCAAACUCUAGUCAUGAUUUAGAAUUCGUAUUAGCCUGGGAUAUGCCACAUAUACAUUUUCCCAAGAAACUCAAGUCUUACACACGUUACUACACCAAAUAUUUCGAUGCUUCCGGUGAAGCUGGUCCCAAGAUAUGCGAGUAUGCAUUGAAACACUACAGCAGUUGGGAGAAAUUGAUUGAUGCCUGGCAGCGUCCGAUACUCAAUGAUGAUGGCCUACCAGAUUGGUAUAAAAGCGCAAUCUUCAAUCAGCUCUACUUCAUAUCGGAUGGUGGCACAAUUUGGUUGACUUGUAAUUCAUCAUUCGGCAAGGAGUUGAACUAUGAUGAUCCAAGAUUAGCUUACGGUCGCUUUGGUUACUUGGAGGGUCACGAAUACCGCAUGUACAAUACAUACGAUGUACAUUUCUAUGCCUCAUCGGCACUCUCGCACCUCUGGCCCAAUUUGCAGGUUAGUCUGCAGUAUGAUAUACGCGAUGCCAUCGAUGUGGACUUACCCGAUACGCGUAAAAUGCUUUACGAUGGCAAGAUUCUGCCGCGUCACAUUAAGAAUUGUGUGCCACACGAUCUCGGCGAUCCCGAUGAGGAGCCAUUCACGCUCAUCAAUUGCUACAACAUACACGACGUGAAUCAUUGGAAAGAUUUGAAUACGAAAUUUGUAUUGCAAGUCUAUCGCGACUACUAUGUGUUGAACGAGUUGGCACAGGCACAAGCGGACAAUGCGAGUAAAUUCAGUUCGAUUGAGUUUAUCGAUAAGGAUAGUUUGUAUGAAAUGUAUACGCAGGAUAAUAAGCGUAAGAAUUCGGCGGAUGAGAAGCAGCAAAAUCGCAAAUCGGCUUCUUUGUACAUCAAUGAAACUAACGGUAAAGUUUAUCUAAUGGACGCCAUGGCUUAUCUGAAAGCAAUGUAUCCCGCAUGCAAAGCGAUUAUGGAGCGCACCAUUGAAUAUGACAAGGACAACGAUGGACUAAUUGAGAACACGAAAAUGCCCGAUCAGACGUACGACACUUGGGUAAUGGACGGACCAAGCGCCUAUUGUGCUGGCUUGUGGCUUGCUGCCCUGCAAACGAUGUCCGUUAUGGCUACACUGCUGGAUCAGCCGAACGACUGCUUACGCUUUCAGGACAUUUUGGAGCGCGGCAAGCAUUCAUUGGAGGAGAAAUUAUGGAAUGGUAGCUACUACCGGUUCGAUAUGCAUCACAAGGACACGGUGAUGGCCGAUCAAUUGUGUGGACAUUGGUAUCUGAAAACGUGCGGUUUCGAUUAUGAGAUUUAUCCGAAGGAGAAUGUACGCAAAGCCUUAAAGCAAGUCUACCAACACAAUGUUAUGGGUUUCAAUGGGGGCAAUAUGGGCGCUGUUAACGGUUUCAUUGUAAAUGCGGAUCCUGAAAAGCCAGGACACGUGGACUAUACAACACUACAGAGUGAAGAAGUAUGGCCGGGUGUGACAUUCGCUUUAGCCGCCACCAUGAUACAAGAGGGCAUGUUUGAGGAGGGCUUCCAAACUGCCGGUGGCCUCUACAAGACACUCAGCGAACGGAUUGGCAUGAAUUUCGAAACGCCCGAAGCACUAUACACCGAAAAGCAUUACCGUUCAAUCGGUUAUAUGCGACCGCUAAGCAUUUGGUCCAUGCAAGUGGCCUGGGAGCGAAGAAAAGCGCUACGUGAUUAAGACGACCAAUUGACGAAAGGAUUUCAUUAAUGAUUAACGCAAGCGUAGAAGAAGAAAAUAUUUAGCUGGUUUUUUAUAAUUUGAGCAUAUGUAUAUGAUGAAGUAUACUAUAAUACUCUCUGCAUGAUGUUGCAUUGAAAGCGCAAGAAAAUUAACGUUAAUUUGCAAUUAAUUAUUUAUUAAUUAAUGGCAUUAAGCUUAGAAGGAAAAGUACAAGUUGUUAAGCUUAUUGUAAUGUGUUUUCCAUAAAAGUGAAGACACGACUUUUUAACACAAUUUUAAUUUACUAUUUACUAGAAAGAGAACACAAACUGUAUUUAUUUAAAAAUAUAUUGGCUAGAACACGCUUAAAGUACCAAAGAUUGACAGGGGUAGUGCGGGUGGGACAUAAAUAAAAAAUGUUUAAUGUAAAACAACAAGCACAAGAUUUGUUAUUUAUAUAAAGAUAAAUGAGAAAAAAAAUAAAUAAAAGUGAUGACAGUUUCAUUAGCUAUACGAAAGUACAAAGUGUACGGAACUAAAGGAAUU